GCUGUGGAGAUCAGGAGCACAUUGAAGCCCACCAAAACAGCGUGGAAAGAUGCCGUUGAAGCGGACAAGGAACGCAAGAAAUGUGCAGAGUAAAGAAGAGCUGAGCCGGGAAAUGCGGCACAGCAAACUGACGUUGUUCAUUCAACAGUUUGAGAAAGAAGCUCAGGAACGCAUGAACGAGCUGGAGGCCAAGAUGGAUAACAUGCUGGCUACAGUGGAAAAAGUAUUCAAAGUGGAACUGAUGAAGAUGCCUCCUGCCCUUCAAAUCACGCUCAUAGGGGAUUUAAUAAGCGAGGAGGAAGUCUCAGCCAGUGAGGUCUCAAUUGCCAUGAAGAGUGAGCUUCGUGAGAUGCCGCAGCCCCUCAGGAGGAUGCCCAGUAAAAGAGCUAAAUCCCCUGAUUCUCCAGACCAGUCCUCCCCAACCCAGAGGCCCUCAUCCAAAACCUCAAAGGGAGUAAAGGGGACUAAAAGGACCAGAACAUUAGUUUGCAGUAACAGCACUGGAAACCUCACACCCUCGGUCAUCGCCAAGAGAACUCAAAGCCGCUUGGCAAGUCGCAAGACCAACGAGCCAUCUGUGCUAAACCAGUCCAAGCCUAAACUCAGGUCUGUGGUCUCUGCUGGUGAUCUGCACUGUUCAAUGGCAGGAUCUGCUGCACACAUCACUGUAACCACAGCACAGGGUCAGAUGGUCAGCUUUUCUGAAGAGACUAAAGAUGACAUUAACUGGGACCUGCUGGAUGAUGUGGCGUGGUGCCAGAUUCAGAAGCUUUCGGGUCUCAUGGAUUAUCUGUCGCGGCGGAGUCGCUGUCACCGAUGAGUGAAGCCCAAACAUCUGUGACCGGGAUGUUUCAGACACAUUUCAAGACGUUUCUUUAUAAAUGUUUCAACAAUAAAUGCAGAAUUAGUUUGU